AUGGAGCAGCAGCUGCUGGAGGCGGUGCUGGGGGGACAACUCGAGUUGUCGGCAGCACUGGCUUGGGCGCUGGGCGACGACAGCCAGCCUCCUCCCAUUGAGCUGCGCCUGGGCAGCCCCUGGAAGUCGCCCAGCGCGCCUCGCCCGGUGCUGCGGCCCGCCAGCUUCAGGGUGCAUGUGCUCAACCAUGUGCGGGAGCAGGCGGAGCUGGUUCUGGCUGCGGCGGAGCAAGAGGCUGCGGGUGGCGGCAGCAGCGAGGCUGGGAGCCACCCACCCACGCCGCAGCCGCAGCCGGCAGCCGCGGAAGCCGGCCCCGCGGCAGCAGAGGCAGCCCGGGCGCCGGCGGCGCCCCGGCCCAGGCCGCAGGCGGCGCAGGGGCGGCCCCAGCCGCUUGCCGCUGGCAGCAGCGCAGGCAGCGCAUCCGGCCAGCCUUGGCCCCAGCCUGGCCCCAGCACCCACCAAAUCCGCCAGCCCCAGCGCCAGCCGGGGCUGCUGGAUGAUGCCAACUUCCCCACCCUGGCAGCUGCCGCUGCCAGCGGCGGCGGCAGCGGCAGCGCCAAGAAGCACGGCGGCAGCGCAGCUGGGCGGGCCAGCCCGGCCAACCUGCUGGCGGCGGCCCCGGGCCAGCAGCGGCAACAGCAGGGCGGCAAGCGGCGCACAAUCGUUCCUGCCAAGGUGGCCAGCAUGGAUGUGAACCCGCUCUUCCAGUUGGCGGCUGGGCAGCCGGCGGGGCAUCAGCAGGGCGACCCGCCGCAGGCUGUGCAGCCCACGCUCUCGCCGCAGCCACCAGCGCCUGCGCAGCAGCAGCAGCAGCAGCAGCAGCACGCGGCGAUGCCGGCGGCAGCCGCCGCCGCGGCGACCCUGCCCAUGUCCCCGCCGCCAAUCGCGGUGCGGGUGCCUGCUCCGGGCGCGGCUGCGGUGGCUGCCAGCCUGCUGAUGCGCGGCGGGGGACGCGGCGCGGCGGCAGCGUCCUCGCCGUCGGCGGCGGCGGGCUCUCCCGGGCGCGAAGGGUCCACUCCCAAACGCAUCACACCCAUCAGGCUGGCUCAGCCGGCGGAGGUGCAGCAAACCUUCAUCACAGCCGCCUCAGGCGCCUCCCCGCACGCAGCCCGCCGCGACAUGCUGCAGCAGUCAGAGAUGCAGCAGCGCUCGCGGCCCGGCAGCCGCCUGGGCACGCCGAUGGCAGGCGGGCUGCUGGAAUGCGCGCCAGGCGCGUUUGGCCGGCCGGCCUCUGCCGCAUCAAGCGCGGCGUCAGCGCUGGGGACGCGCAGCAGCGACGGCAGCGGCGGCGAGGCUGGCAGCAGCAGCCGGAGCCCGCUGCUGUGGUCUGCCGACGAGCAGUCGGUGUGCCAGCAGCUUUCCUUUGAUGUCCUGUCUCCAGCUAAGCCAGCAGGCACUGAAGCAGCAGCAGCAGCAGCUGGCAAGGAUGGUAGCAAGGCGGGCGAGGGAGAGGGCAGCGUCACCAGGGUGGCCGUGGCGGCCCAUGCCGGGCCCAGCCUGGCGGCUGGUGCGCCGGCAGGCGGGGAGCAGCUGGCGGCAGCGCUGGGCUGCCAGCUCGAAAGCUUGCAUUUGGGUGCCAGCAGCAGCAGCAGCAGCAGGGAGGGCAUCGCAGCUGCAGGCAGGAGCGAUGACCCUUCCCUCAGCAGGCAACAACGCAUCUUGGAUUCGGCAUAUCGCAUGGGCGCCAGGCUGGCGCCAGCUGGAGGCACCACCAGCGGCGGCUUCGAUGCGCCCGCCUCCUUCCCGCCCUCACUCACCCGCCCACUGCAGCUCAGAGACAGCGGCAUGCAGCUGCAGCCAAGCGACUCUGCUAGCCAGGGCGCUGCUGAUAGUGGGCAGGAGGAGGCGCAGCGAGGCGGCGUGCAGCAGCUGGGGCUGGAGCAGGGGCAGGAGGAGGCAGAUGUAGCGCUGUGCCCGCAGGGGAGGCUGCUGGCGGAGCUGCACGCCGCGCUGCUGCGCUGCUGCAGCAGCAUCAGCCUCUCGGCUGAGCUGGACUUGCUGCUCAACCUAUUGGCAGUACCAUCUGCGGUACGCAUCGACCCCGCCCUGACCCCCGUCACCGUGCUGUGGUGCGGCGGCCUGGCCCAGCGGUACGCCUGCUGCGUACUGCAAUCGGCAGGCGGGCUGAUCCGGGGGCUGGGUCCGCAGUUGCUGGCAGACCUUGCGGCGCUGCCGCUGGUGCGCAGCAGCUUCCCGCGCCUGCACGCCGCCAUGCAGGCGGCGCUGCAGCACUUUGCCAGCACGCAGCUGCACACAGGCAAGCUCGCCGCCCUGUGUGAGGAGCAGCGGCGCAUCAGCAACCGCGAGAGCUGCCGGGACGAGUGGUUCAAUCUGAUGAAGGAGGCGGCGGCGCAGACGCACAGCUUUGCGGCGCGCCAGCUGGGCCGCCUGUCUGCCGGCACCUCCGACCGCCAGUCGGACAGCGGGCGCACCGCCACAACCGCCUCAGGCGGCGACGAGGCGGGCUUGCUGCAGCUCAUGCAGCAGAGCGCCGGAGACCUGCUGCGCCGCCUGCGGCCUGACAACUUUGGCGCCUUUGCCGAGCUGUUCAGCGCCGCAGCUGCCGCCACGGGUGAGACGCUCCUGGAUGAGGAGCUGUCCAGCCUGGCACGGAAGAACGUGGGGCGCUUCCACAGCCUGAACCAGCGGCUGCAGGCGCAGGGCGCCGCUGGGCCCAGCAGGGGUGGCGCCGCCCGCCUGCAAUCCAACCAGCCGAUGACAGCCACAGGCUUUGGCCGCAGCGGCGGCGGCGCCGGCCAGCAGGCGCGCUGGGCCGCUGGCGCCGGCGGCGGGCGCCAGCAUGGGCAGCAGCAUGGGCAGCGAGGGGUUGGCGGCCGCCCAGGCGGCGGGGGGCCAGGGUUCGGCGGCGGCGGCGGCGCGGAUGAGGCGGUUGCUGAGUCGCUGCGCUUGGUGGCUGAGUUCCCUCGGCCCCAACGCCUCUAUGUGCUCUUCUUGGAGGCCGCCGACAGCCACCGCCUCAACGCCCACCUCAUCAGGCAAGCACCCUGGGCCAUUCCGGCAGCCAAGCUGCCCACGGCCGGCUCAGAGUGA